AUGGCAAGUGGUGACAUUACCAGGGCAGAAUCCAUAGAUAUAACAACUGGAGAUGACCCAUAUAGUCCCAAUGAAUUACGACAAAGAAAAUCUCUCAGUAAAUAUGGAUCUGGAUCUGGUUCAGAACCACCUAAAGAUGAUGGUUUAUUUUGUGUCACAGAUGAUCAUACUUAUGGUGCUUUUGCUCAGGGAAGAGAUUAUGAACCGAUAUAUAUCACCCAUAAAUAUACAACUGAAGAAAGGAAAGCAUUGGCAACAUUUGAAAGUUUGGAUUAUCUCCCUUCCAAUAGUGAAGCUUAUAAACAAUGGUUAAAGAGGAAGAGGGUAUCAAGGUUAGAAAUGGAUAGAUGGUUUAUGAUGGGUAUGAUAGGAUUUUCUGUUGGUUUAGUAGGUUUUUUACUUCAUCAGAUAAUAGAAAUAAUAUCAGAUGUAAAAUGGGAUAAUGUUUCAAAAUUAAUUGCUGAGGGUGAUAUGGCCUUGGCAUGGCUAUUUGCUGUUGGUUUUAGUAUAUUAUUUAUUGUUAGUAGUGCUGCUCUUGUUGUG